UCAAACUCUCCCGAAGAAAGUGCUGCUGGUGGCCACAGUUGAGUCCUGCUGCUGCUGCUGCUGCUGCUGCUGCUGCUUUGUGCGGCCAGAAGGCGACUCGGGCGCCGCUGGAAAGGCGAGGACCUGGGGAGGGACGCUGUGGAGCGAGGAGCCUGGGAGGCGCAGCAGUGGCGGAGCGUUGGCUCCCACGCCUGGCCUCCCUCCCUCCCGCUCUCGCUGCCGACCUGCGAAGCCAGGAGGCGAAGCGAAGGGCCAAGCCCAGAGGGGCUCGGGCAGUCGGGGGAGGCCAGGCGCAAGAGGCUCCUCCCGGGGCUGGCGGCGGCGGGCAGGAUGGGCGCCAGCGGGGAGGCGCCCCCCGGGAUGCCGGUGGUGCUGAUGCUGGGGGCCGCCUUGGGCGCCCUCCUGUGGCCGGGGGCCGCGCGGGCCAGUGAGUACGACUACGUGAGCUUCCAGUCGGACAUCAGCGCCUACCAGAGCGGCCGCUUCUACACCAAGCCCCCGCAGUGCGUGGCCAUCCCGGCCGACCUGCGCCUCUGCCACAGCGUGGGCUACGACAAGAUGGUGCUGCCCAACCUGCUGGACCACGAGACCAUGGCCGAGGUCAAGCAGCAGGCCAGCAGCUGGGUGCCGCUGCUCAACAAGAACUGUCACGUCGGCACCCAGGUCUUCCUCUGCUCGCUCUUCGCCCCCGUCUGCCUCGACCGCCCCAUCUACCCCUGCCGCUGGCUCUGCGAGGCGGUGCGCGACUCCUGCGAGCCGGUCAUGCAGUUCUUUGGCUUCUACUGGCCCGAGAUGCUCCGCUGCGACCAGUUCCCGCAGGACGACGUGUGCAUCGCCAUGAACGCCCCCAACGCCACGGGGGAGCCCUCCAAGCCGCAAGGCACGGCCAUCUGUCCUCCUUGUGACAAUGAGAUGAAGUCGGACGCCAUCCUUGAGCACCUGUGCGCCAGUGAAUUUGCCUUAAAAAUGAAAAUCAAGGAGGUGAAGAAGGAAAACGGAGACAAGAAGAUCAUCCCAAAGAAGAAGAAGCCCUUGAAGCUGGGCACUAUCAAGAAGAAAGACCUCAAAAAGCUGGUGCUGUACUUGAAGAACGGGGCGGAUUGCCCUUGCCAUCAGCUGGACAACCUCAACAACCAGUUCCUCAUCAUGGGGCGCAAAGUCAAGACCCAGUACCUGCUGACGGCCAUCCACAAGUGGGAUAAGAAAAACAAGGAGUUCAAAAAGUUCAUGAAGAAAAUGAAAAGCCCCGAAUGCCCCACAUUCCAAUCCGUCUUCAAAUGAUCCACCGGAGCCCGAUGGGACCUUCUUGCGGGCUCUGAACUUGCACAGACUAUGACUUGGCAGCUCCUCCUCGUGGAUGCUGUUCCUCAAAUCCAUCUUGUUUUCUUUCUGUGUUUUUAGUGUCCUCUAUUUCCUGAUCUCUUCCCACUUCCAGUUAUAUCCCCCUAAGGGAAUGUUCCAACGCUUAUGUAGGUAGGUUUGGAGUUACUAGGACAGCAGCAUCUGAGGCCAUAUUGAAAACAACCCUCUCCAACAGAGCUAGACAGUUCUCCAGUUUUCAGGUAGAAACCAAUGUUUUCGGGCGGGGGGGUAGACGCAUUUUCUUUAUCACCUCCAUAUUCACCCUCUUUUUUAAAAAAAAAUCCCAUUUCCUGGCUGAAGUUUGGUGCCCGUUUCCCCCUCCCCUGGCAGUUGCUCCAUCCUCCAUCCUUCACCAUUCACCAUUCACAAGGGUGAUCCUUGCCAAUCAGGGAUCCUGUCGUAGAUGGGAUGAUGUCACAACACUCCGUAGCCAAUUAAAGUUGACUAUCUGAUGAUGAUGUCACUGAGGAGUGAGUGAGAGUCAUAUUAUUGAAUGAGGCGAGUUAAAGCAAUAUUAUGAAGUGGACGUUUGGGGUUUUUUAAGCGAAGGGAUUACUGAUAAAUGGCCUCAAAGGGAACACAGUUCCCCGCCCCCAGUGAGCCUAGAAAUGUGUUUGAAAAACUGUGAGUGGUUUCAGCUCAGCUCUGCUUUGGAAAACCUGAAGGUGCAGCACAUAUGUGAGAGGAGGUCUGUAAGAUCACAAGAGCAUUCACACAUGCAGUGCCAGUGGGGUUUUCUUGCAAGGAAAUCUGCUUAACUGAACCAUUUGCUUGUGAGGUUAGGGCUGUUGGAUGUGGGUCAUGUGGGGGGGUGUCCUUCACUUUUGCAGGAGAACAUCUGAGCGCACUGUUGCCACAUGUACAUUCGCAGAAAGCGAAUGCUGUGUUGAUGGCUUAGGUACUGAAAUAAUUUGGGCCCGCAUUGAGCCGACCUCUGCCCAGUGCUACACUUUUCUCAAUUCUGGGUGCCCUCUCUUAAGAGUUCGAGGAGGAAAGCGCUGGGAAGGGUUACCCAUCCCAACACCCUGUGCACAGCUUCCAAGAUGGCGCUGGGGCUUUCGAGGGCACCGUUUCCCUUAAAGCAGUCCCUUGGUGCUGGCAUCAGCCCAGCACUGCAUGAUGGGGACAAUCACCUCUGCACAGUGCCAGGGGAACUGUGCAGAGUGUUCAGCUCCCACCAAAGCUUCACACAGGGAGUCACACCUACAGGUGGUUGGUGAGGGCCAACCGCACCUAUGGGGGUGGGUACAAUGUAGAGGAAGUUCAGAAGGGGGGGCAUAAGAAGAACCCUGCUGGAUGAGGCCAUCGGUCCAUCUAACCUAGCAUCCAGCUUCUCACAUUAACCAGCCAGAUGUCUCCGGGAAGCCCCCAAGCGGGCCCUGAAGGCAUCUGCCCUCUUAUGCUUUUGCCCCCCAGUACUUGGUUUUCAGCAGCAAACUGCCUCUGAAUAUGGGGGAUCCAUCUAGCCAUCACGGCUACCAGCUGUUAGCAGACCUGUCCGCCGAGAACAUGUCUUUGGUUGAGCUAUAGAGCUAUUUGGAUUGGUUUUUCUGUCUCCUGAAAGGGGGAAUUGCCAAGGCAGGAUGUAGGCUCACAAGAGGGAUGGAGCCGCAUGGGAAACAGACAGCAUGAGGCAAAAGAAAUGUAAUACCUGGGGUAGUCUGUAUUCCCGAGGGCACCUUCAUUCUCGAGAGAGUGGGCUCAGGGGCAGAUCUGCCAUUUUGUGGCCACAUGCAAAGGCCACCAGGGGGCGUACCAGAAAGGGGGCCACAAUCAGCCACAGGCCCUGUUUGCUCCCUCUGCCACAGGUGCUGGGUGGUGAUGUCAUUAUACCGCAUCAUGGCUGUGGUGCCUAGUGGUCAUCAGCGGGAGGGAGGGAGCAUCUGGGGACCCAAGUUUGAGAACCUUUGCCUUGCUUUAUUUUGAUUGUGGCAUCAAACGUUGGUGCCACCUAGCAUUAACAAAUCUACAGAGCCCGUGCAUCCAGGCCUAGCACGUUUAUGUACACUCACAACUUGCAUACAUGAUUCAAAAGACGGAAGUUAACAUUAAAGUCUGAAUUAUUUCUUA